ACCGGGAGAGCGCAGCGCGGGCGGCGCCUGCGUCCGCCGCCUCCCUCGGCGCUCGCGCAGCCGGGUCUUUGUCUGCCCGCGCCGCGACCGCCGCGCUUUGUUCCCCGCGCCCGGGCAGUCCCGCGCCGCGCUGGCGUCGUCCUCGCCCCCAUCGCCGCCGCCGCCGCCGCCGCCCCCCGCGCGCGGCCGGGCCUUGCCCCCCAUGGUGUCGCGGCCCGAGCCCGAGGGCGAGGCCAUGGACGCCGAGCUGGCGGUGGCGCCGCCGGGCUGCUCGCACCUGGGCAGCUUCAAGGUGGACAACUGGAAGCAGAACCUGCGCGCCAUCUACCAGUGCUUCGUGUGGAGCGGCACCGCCGAGGCCCGCAAGCGCAAGGCCAAGUCCUGUGUCUGUCACGUGUGCGGCGUCCACCUGAACAGGCUGCACUCCUGCCUCUACUGCGUCUUCUUCGGCUGCUUCACCAAGAAGCACAUCCACGAGCACGCCAAAUCCAAGCGGCACAACCUGGCCAUCGACCUCAUGUAUGGUGGCAUCUACUGCUUCCUGUGCCAGGACUACAUCUACGACAAGGACAUGGAGGUCAUUGCCAAGGAGGAGCAGCGGAAAGCCUGGAAGAUGCAAGGGGUCGGGGAGAAGUUUUCCACCUGGGAGCCGACCAAACGGGAGCUGGAGCUGCUGAAGCACAACCCGAAGCGGAGGAAGAUCACGUCCAACUGCACCAUAGGUCUGCGGGGGCUGAUCAACCUGGGCAACACCUGCUUCAUGAACUGCAUCGUGCAGGCCCUGACCCACACGCCGCUGCUGCGCGACUUCUUCCUGUCCGACAGGCACCGCUGCGAGAUGCAGAGCCCCAGCUCCUGCCUGGUCUGUGAGAUGUCCUCGCUCUUCCAGGAGUUUUACUCGGGGCACCGGUCCCCACACAUCCCAUACAAGCUGCUGCACCUGGUGUGGACGCACGCGCGGCACCUGGCCGGCUAUGAGCAGCAGGACGCGCACGAGUUCCUCAUUGCCGCUCUGGACGUCCUGCACCGGCACUGCAAAGGUGACGAUAACGGCAAGAAGGCCAACAACCCGAACCACUGCAACUGCAUCAUCGACCAGAUCUUCACCGGCGGGCUGCAGUCGGACGUCACCUGCCAGGUCUGCCAUGGCGUCUCCACCACCAUAGACCCCUUCUGGGACAUCAGCUUAGACCUGCCUGGCUGCUCCACUCCCUUCUGGCCCCUGAGCCCCGGCAGCGAGGGCAGUGUGGUGAACGGCGAGAGCCACGUGUCCGGCACCACCACGCUCACCGACUGCUUGCGCAGGUUCACCAGACCAGAGCACCUGGGGAGCAGCGCCAAGAUCAAGUGCAGCGGUUGCCAUAGCUACCAGGAGUCCACCAAGCAGCUCACCAUGAAGAAACUGCCCAUCGUGGCUUGUUUUCAUCUCAAGCGCUUCGAGCACUCGGCCAAGCUGAGACGCAAGAUCACCACGUACGUGUCCUUUCCCCUGGAGCUGGACAUGACGCCCUUCAUGGCCUCCAGCAAGGAGAGCAGGAUGAACGGGCAGUACCAGCAGCCCACAGACAGCCUCAACAAUGACAACAAGUACUCCUUGUUUGCGGUCGUGAACCACCAAGGCACCCUGGAGAGCGGCCACUACACCAGCUUCAUCCGCCAGCACAAAGACCAGUGGUUCAAGUGCGAUGACGCCAUCAUCACCAAGGCCAGCAUCAAGGACGUGCUGGACAGCGAAGGGUACCUGCUCUUCUACCACAAACAGUUCCUGGAGUACGAGUAGCCUCGUCCACGGCCGGCCAGCCAGGACGAAGGCGACGAAUUGGCGACCUCACCGACGACCCCGGCCUCCCUGACAGCGUCCCGGCCCGCAGGCCCCUCUGCCCAGGCUGGGCCCCCACAGGGACUGCAGGAGGCUGCGGCGCGGGCCGGAGGGCCCUGCCCCUGGAGCGUCUCGCGGGCGCCUCCCUUGGUGGCUGCCCAGCCUGCGUCCGCGUCCACGCCCACGCCCACGCCCAGGCCCAGGGGCGUCCAUGGCAGCCGUGGGCAGGCAGGGCCAGGGCGGUUGCCAUGCCGGGGCCGGGAACCGCACUGCAUGAGGACGCGCCGGCCGGAGCCAUCUCGGGUUUCUAGAAGUAGGCUUUCUGACCCUCCCUCCUCUCCCCGUGCCCCUGAUGGCGGCCGCCUCCUGGGUUUCUGCCGACUGUGCGUGGGCGGAGCUUGCUUUCUACUUGGUGCUGUCUCCUUGCUUCCGUUCCUGGGGCGGGCAGAGCGGAGCGAGCCAGGCUGCCGCCGCCCGCGUUCUCUGGGGUCUGAAUGGGGCGCGCAAGCGGAGGGUCUCUGGGCGGUGUUAGCGUCCCUUUCCUCCUCCCCUUCCUGGUCCGCUCUCCCACCUCCUCUCCCUCACUGCUGGCGCGGGGACGCUGGGGUUGCCGGCGGCAUGUCGUGUGCGGGCCGGGAAUGAAAUGGCUUCGCGGCCAGGGAGGCGUGUUCCCUGGGGGCCUGUACUUAGGGACUCUGAGAUUUGAAUUAACGUCAUCCUCCCGGAUCAAGGAAGUUGAGAUUAAAGUAUUUUAAGCUGGGGAGACCGUGUUGCUGGCUGAGAGACUGCAGGAGGGUGGCAGGUGGAACCCCCCACCACCACCACCUUUCCCUCCAGGCGGGCACCGUCGGAGCCUGCGGCAUCCCCACGGCCUGCGACUCGAGAGCGUUUUCAGGGGGCCGGGGUGACCCGGUGCUGAGUCGGGCACAGCUUGGAGCAGGGCACGUGGCUUCGGGACUCUGAGCUGGGAAACCCUUCUGGAAGGCGUGCGCGCCACGGGGCACCCUGGCCUGCUGGGUGUCCAGACGCAGGCGUGGCCGGGCCCCUGUGCCGGCCUGGGGCUCUGUGGCGAGUCCCCUGGGCCCCACGCAGCAGCUCCUGUCCCCGGCGAGUGUCAGCCGCGCCCAAGACACUGGUGCCAGGAGCCAGGUGGCGCCCUGCCCUGAACACUUGUCUGUGGGCACCGCAUUCCAUGUUCCAUGUGCCCCCUGGGGACAUGACGCUGAUGUCCUGAGUUGGGGACUCUGCCUGCUUCCAGCUCCCCAGUGCUGCUUUCUGUUCAGGAAAAUGGUGUUCCAUUUCCCGGUAAUGCCCCGCCCUCGCCUCGCACCCCUCAUGUCCUGCAGAUGCCUGGGGUGCAGCCGGCCCCGCACCCUACGGCACCAGUACCACGCCUGCGUCUCUGAGAUGCCGGCCCGCCCCACACCCUGCACCCACACGUCCUCCCAGACGCCUGGGGUUCAGCCCAGCCCCGCACCCGCACCCGUUGUGACCACGACCUGCGUUUCUGCGAUGCAGGCCCUGCACCCCGCGCCCCGCCGCGGUGCUUCACGGGAAGGCGCCCCCUCCCCCGCUUGCCGCGUGUGCUUCGCGUCGUGUGACAUUGAUGUGCCCCCGCCAGUUCCAGUGCCCAUUGCGUGUGCUCUUGCUCUGAAAACAAGCCGGAAGAGACCAGUUCCGAUGCUCGUGCUGUGGUUGGAGAUUCGAUGGCCAGACGUCCGCCCCUCCCCACCCCUCCCCUCCCUGUCGUCGGAGGACCCGCGCGCUCCGGCCUCCUCCCUUCCUGGCUUGUAGUUUCUCCCCUCAUAAUAAAGCUGCAUUUUAUUCCGAAAAAUAA